CUUUUCUCUCUCCUCGCCACGCUUUGCAAACGAUUGGAGGGAGCAGUCAACUCCCUGAAACCCCCCCCCGCUCAGUCUCAUUGGCCCAGACGCCUCACGUCAGGUCAAAGUCAACUUGAAGCCUGCUCAGCCUCUUUCACGUCUGCGCCUCCUCCGAACGACGACCCUCGACCGUCUAUCCCCAUUGCUUCUGGACAAUCCGUUGACAGCGCUUUGGUUAUCCUUCCGCCAGCCCCUACCUCCCCCUUCCCUCUCCUAUCCGCCAACCGCCGACAUUCGACGAGCACCGUCUGUGGAUUUAACCCCUGGAACACCGCGGUGGAUGCGCACGCCGGCGGUCCCAUCUUAGGCUUGCUUAAUCGGCCUCUUUGCACCUGCCUGGUGUACGGUGAAAAGGACCUCACGAGACAGAAUGGGUUCUAAUCUUCCAGCUCAACCAAAUCUUAGGCUCACAAUUAUCGCCGCAGAUGGUUUAUACAAGCGUGAUGUCUUCCGCUUUCCGGAUCCCUUCGCUGUGGCUACUGUGGAUGGUGAACAAACCCGUCCGACCUCUGUGAUCAAGAAGACAUUGAAUCCGUACUGGAAUGAAGUAUUUGAUCUGAGAGUCAAUGAAGAUAGCAUCCUCGCGAUCCAGAUCUUCGACCAGAAGAAAUUCAAGAAGAAGGACCAGGGUUUCCUGGGAGUUAUUAAUGUCCGGAUUGGAGAUGUUAUUGAUUUACAGAUGGGUGGUGAUGAAAUGCUCACAAGAGACCUCAAGAAAUCAAAUGACAACCUAGUAGUCCAUGGGAAACUCAUAAUCAACCUGUCCACUAAUCUCAGCAAUCCUAGACCCAACGCACAAAAUGGCACACAGCGCUCACACCCUCAGUCUUCAGCAUCGAGCGGUGGCCUUAUUUCACAGGUCCCAUCAACCUCCUCGCAUACUCCAUCGGGUGCCAGCAAUGCAGACUCAUCCACAACUGUAACCUCGACCGCAACUGCUAAUCCACAGCGUGCAGCUUCAUCUUCGACUACCCGAACUCCCGCCACUUCAGGGACUGCAAAUGGAUCGGCAAUUCAAACAAAUGGCCAUGCUCGCACGAAUCUCAGUUCGUUUGAAGACAGUCAGGGCCGACUACCUGCCGGCUGGGAACGACGUGAGGAUAAUCUGGGAAGAACCUACUAUGUAGAUCACAACACUCGAACCACCACCUGGACACGGCCGUCGUCGAACUACAACGAGCAUGCACAGCGUUCUCAGCGGGAGGCUAACAUGCAAUUGGAACGGAGAGCCCACCAGAGCCGAAUGUUACCUGAGGAUCGGACUGGGGCCAGUUCACCAAGCUUGUCAGAGCAUCAGGCACAUACUCCGCCGUCUGGUGGUAGUGCCAGCGCUGUAUCGAUGAUGGCUACGGGGGCUACCACUGCGGGCACUGGUGAGCUUCCCUCCGGUUGGGAGCAGCGGACGACGGCAGAAGGCAGACCUUACUUCGUUGACCACAACACACGCACAACCACGUGGGUUGAUCCCCGUCGGCAGCAGUACAUACGGUGGUAUGGGCAGAAUGCAAACGGUAACAGUCCCACGAUUCAGCAGCAGCCAGUUUCCCAGCUGGGGCCAUUGCCCAGCGGAUGGGAAAUGCGUCUUACGAAUACAGCGCGUGUAUACUUUGUGGAUCACAAUACCAAGACAACUACGUGGGACGAUCCCCGACUUCCAUCAUCCUUGGAUCAGGGUGUGCCGCAAUACAAGCGCGAUUUCAGGCGCAAACUGAUCUACUUCCGGUCACAGCCUGCGUUGCGGAUCAUGACUGGACAGUGCCAUGUUAAGGUGCAUCGCAAUAACAUUUUCGAGAACUCGUACACAGAGAUUAUGCGACAGAGUGCUUCUGAUCUUAAGAAGCGACUUAUGAUUAAGUUUGACGGCGAGGAUGGUCUUGAUUACGGUGGUCUUUCACGUGAAUUUUUCUUCCUUCUUUCUCAUGAGAUGUUCAACCCUUUCUACUGUCUUUUCGAGUAUUCCGCCCACGAUAAUUACACCCUACAGAUUAAUCCUCAUUCGGGAGUUAACCCUGAACACCUGAACUACUUCAAAUUCAUUGGGCGAGUUGUCGGCCUGGCCAUCUUCCAUCGACGUUUCCUUGAUUCAUUCUUCAUCGGAGCUUUCUACAAGAUGAUGCUGAGGAAGAAGGUUACUCUUCAAGAUAUGGAAGGCGUGGAUGAAGACUUGCAUCGCAAUUUGACCUGGACUCUGAAUAAUGACAUUGAGGGCAUUGUCGAAUUGACAUUCUGUGUUGACGACGAGAAAUUCGGCGAACGCACCACAAUUGAUUUGAUACCCGGUGGCCGGGAUAUCCCAGUAACUAAUGAGAAUAAGGCGCAAUACGUUGAAUUGGUUACGGAGUGGAAAAUUGUGAAGCGUGUCGAGGAACAGUUCAACGCCUUCAUGUCUGGCUUCAAUGAAUUGAUUCCAGCGGAUUUGGUGAACGUGUUCGAUGAACGCGAAUUAGAACUCCUGAUCGGUGGUAUUGCGGAUAUCGAUGUGGAUGACUGGAAGAAACACACAGAUUACCGCGGAUAUCAGGAACAGGAUGAAGUUGUUCAGAACUUCUGGAAGGUGGUUCGUACCUGGGAUGCAGAACAGAAAUCACGUCUUCUUCAGUUUACCACUGGUACCUCACGUAUUCCCGUCAAUGGAUUCAAGGAUCUGCAGGGCUCCGACGGACCACGACGCUUUACUAUCGAGAAAUCUGGUGACCCUGUAGCACUACCGAAGUCUCAUACAUGUUUCAAUCGUCUUGAUCUCCCUCCCUACAAGUCAUAUGACGUGCUGCAAAACAAACUAACAAUUGCCGUGGAGGAGACUUUGGGAUUUGGACAAGAGUGAAGAAAGCAGUUUCCAUGUGGCUGUAGGGGAGUGGAACCCCAAGGAAAAAGUGAUGCCAGACGUGGACAGCUAGAGGCAGAUGGUUUCCUGAUACAGAGAUCAUUAUAUAUGUUCAUUAUAAUAGUUAGCAAACGAGCCUGCGUCACUGCUCCCUCAUUCUUUCUUUCUUUCUUUUUUUUUUUUUUUUUUUUUUUUUUGUGUUCUUGCAAGUCAUCUUGGGUCAGUAUACAGAUGCAGGUGGGAUCAUUAUCAGGAUGGGUAUUGGUAUUUGAUAUUUCGUUGUCUUUUUAUCUUGUCAUUCUCUCUCCCCUUUAUUCUGCCUCGAACUCUUUCUUCCUUUGUUGGUGGCCCUUUGUAUAUAUCUUAGUGUAUUGUCCUCCGUAGGACUGGACAUGUGCCUUAAUUUCUUCCUCUGUUUAUACCAAUGGCAAAAACAGUAGGCUCU